AUGCGAGUGUCGCAGAGUGUCGCACGGACUUUUCAAACGCUUUGCAAUGCAUCGGCGAGACAGCAACUCCAACAGUGCUCAAAUCGAAGAUGUUCCGUGCAAGCGGCAAGGAAAAAAACAGUCUCAGAAACGCCGAUCAUCGGCACAUCGCUCCCACCGACGAUCCAACUCGGCGAUUCACCGCAACAGAGUCCUUUUUAUGAAACGCCGGAGAUUAUCAUAAAUGAAACCCGGAUACAAGAGCAAACGAUGGCCGCUCGCAGAUCGGAGGUUCGAUCGAAAAUACGAGAGAUUGAAGAAAGAACCGGCAAAAUUCCGCUAGUCGACUCGUUCGCUCGUGUUCAUAAUUAUCUCCGAAUCUCCCUCACUGAGACUUGUAAUUUUAGCUGUAGCUACUGUAUGCCAGCUGGUGGAGUGGAUGGACAUUCGAAAAGCGAUUUGAUGACAAAUGAAGAGAUCAUUGUGUUGGCGCGUGUUUUUGCGAGAAGAGGAAUCAAUAAGAUACGAUUGACUGGUGGUGAACCAACACUGCGAAAAGAUCUCCAUAAGUUAAUCGCCGAAUUGAAGAAAAUCGAUGGGAUUGAUGAUAUCGGAAUCACGACAAACGGCUUGAUAUUGGGACGACAACUCGACCAGUUGAAGGCAGCCGGUUUGGAUAAAAUCAACAUCAGUUUGGACACAUUGAUCCCGCGACGAUUUGAGCAAAUGACAAAAGUUUUCGGCUUCGAGAAAGUCUUUAAAGCGAUCGAUGCUACCGAGGCAGCGUAUGGACGAGUGAAGGUGAAUGUGGUGGUGAUCCGAGGAUUCAACACAGACGAGUUAACGAGUUUCGUCCAUGCCACAAAGAAUCGAAAUUGGGACGUGCGAUUUAUUGAGUUCAUGCCAUUUGGUGGGAAUGAUUUCAAAGAUGACAAGUUUGUCGGCUACUCAGAGCAACUCGAGAUUAUCAGAAAAGACUUUGGCAAUCAAAUCGUGCGUCUACAGGACUCGCCAAAUGACACCUCGAAGGCUUACAAAAUCAUCGGUCAUCGUGGGCAAUUCGGUUUCAUUUCAUCAAUGAGUGACAAUUUUUGCUCAACGUGUAAUCGUGUCCGUUUGACGGCUAAUGGAAAUCUAAAGGUUUGUCUGCACAGCAACGCCGAAGUCUCCCUUGUCGACGCAUUGCGUCGUGGUGGAACCGAGAGAAAUGUCGAAGAGAUUAUCGAGAAAGCUUUGUGGAAAAAGAAAGCCGAACAUGCUGGCCUCGAAAUGCUGCCGCAUAUGGAGAAUCGGCCGAUGGUUUUGAUUGGAGGA